GGCCCCUAAGCGGAAGCGCUGGGUAAACAUGGCGGUGUGAGGGUACGUGUCUCUCGGAGACGGACCGACGUCUUUUCCUCCACGUGUCCCCCUUUGCAUUCCUCUGCCUCUGUCAUGAAGACUUGGCCGAAUCGGUCAGAUAGGGAUCCAUUCCUAGAUGUCUGCUAAGCUGUCUAUCCGUCCAAUGGACGAGGAAAAGGCGGCGUCUGACGUUCCAAGAGCGGGAAAUGGCGGCGCGACUUCGUUCCAUACAGCGGCGGCCGGGGGAGAAGGGGACCACGGCCCGACUGGCCCCACAUCGCCUUCGGGGUUUUACGAGAUCGCUUGGUCUGUGCUGUCCCUGAUCCAGCAGGCCUGGAACUCUGAUGACUACCAGGUGCAGCUGUGCAUGGUGGCGCUGGGCUGGAUCCUCCUCAACAUCCUCCUCAUCCUGCUGGCCUGGAGGAGACACGGCUCCUCCAUCUCAGACAUGUUCAGACGACAAGGUACUCCAGCCACCUGCAGAGACAGACUUUCCCCAGUACCAGUAUUUAACAAAAGACCAACAUGGCAAGAUAAAAGUCAUCUAAAUGGAACAAACUUCAACAGCAGUACAGGCCUACCCAAUGGCAAUGGCCUACCAAACGGGAGCCACUUGCCAAACGGGAGACUGCGUACAGUUUCAGAGAAGUCGCACCAAUCCUGACUAGAGAACGACAGUUCGUUGCCUUGGCAACAGUGCCAUUUCUGUUUUUCUGUGAAAACACCUUAUCAUAUAUAAUUUUCUAAGAAAGAAAGACUGAAAGAGGAAAAAAGAAAGAAAGGAAGACAAGAAAAAAAUCUUUCAAGUGCGCUAACAACAUUUUAUGUUGAACGGCCAAGUCUUUAUACUUGGAGGAAAAGAGGAGGAACUGCGUCAUUUCUGUUGAUCCGGGACUCGUGACAAGCAGGAGUCAGCUCAAAUGUUCAAGACUGCAAGAGAUUUAAGUGUUGAAAAAUAAAAGCUAAGCUUGCCAGCUGUGAAGUGAACAUUCAAAGUGCAAGUCUCAAACGUUGAUGCAGAAUAAAUGGUAUAUUUUACAAGCCAUUUUCCUUCAGGACAGUAAAAACAGCAAUAUCACACACAGAAGCAAUUCAAGAUGUGGAAGUAAGUUUUCUAUACUGGUGCAGCUUUACAAGGUUCAACAUUUGCUGACACGUAAUGCACAUUUUUGACAAUGUUCCCACUUCUUGAAGUUUCAACUUUGCUGUUCUACGUACGGGCUGCAAAUCGUUCUGAGAAGUGUGCAGGCCUAAUGAGACGUCUUAUUCGUGACUCUUAAAAAACUCAAGUCUCUUGACUGGACUGCAAGACUGCAGCAAAGUAUGAUUCUUGAAUAUGGUUAUUGUUCCUCGAUACAGAACACUCUUUUUUUGAGUGUUACUGUUCUCUUACUGAGGUCUUACUAAAGCUACUGCUGCUGUACUUAAGGUUAAGGUAGGGUAUCAUAUAUUAAAGCUACUGUCAUAAAAACCUGUACUAACAACAAUAUUAGUAUAUUGCAUACCGGUAUAUUACCCUCUCAAUGCUAUUUUUUCUGCGCUAAUUGUUAUGCUUUGCUGCAAAAACUUCGACAUAGCAAUUUUAUGUAUUUAAAUGUGUAUGGAUCAUCAUAUCUUUCUUUAGUACUAUAUCACUUUAAUAGGGCCUCAGGGAAAAGUAGUCUGAGACCAAAUAUGUAUAUCCAUACACAUAAUGCACUGCUUGAAGUGUUCUUUUUUUUUCAAACUUGUAAUUAUAAAGCCAAGUGUCUUUUUAUUUCUUUCUGUGAAGUUGAAAAACUCCUGUCCAUUUAUAAGGUGUGUUUUGCAACGAAUUGCAGCAAUGACAAUUCUAGGAACUACUACUAGUAUGUAAAAAAAUUGAACACACUUAAAUGUAUCACAGAAGGAGAGAUUUAUAAGUGAAUGCACCGGCGCUGCUGUCAUUUAUUGUAGACACUCAGUUUUUCCUUUAUUUUCAGUGCACUGUUCAAUGUAAACCUCUGGGGGUGUGGCCAUACAAUAACUAUUUCAAAGUAGAAAGAUUUUCCAGCAUUUCAAAGAAGUUAAAAUGUUUCAGUUCACGUUACUAUCAGUAUUCUCUGCUGUGCCAUCAAAGCCCCUAUUUGUGUGACACGCACCCCUCAGGGAUUACCUUGACCAGUGCAUCAGUGGCAUAAUGCAUAAUUAUUGCAGAAACACUGCCUGUUAGUAGUAUGUUAAAGAGAGGGAGAGGGAAGGACCCUGCAAUGUAUUGUAUAGACUUUAAACAGGUGACAAUAACAGGGCAGACCAAGCAGAGUCUGUUCUUCAUUCCAGUGGACAGUGGUGCAAAACAGCCAAGCUAGUGUUAAUUAAAUUUAAAGCAGGCCGAAGGCUUGCUACUGUAUAUCUGUUGUUAUUACAGUGUAUUGGUUACAUAUAGAACAUACAAUGUUGGGGCCAAAUACCUAAGUUUAGGAAAUACAUGUAAUGGGUGCAAUUCUGAAUUUGUUGAUGUCAAUGUGUAUAAUAUGUAAUCCAAUUAUUGAUACCAUAAUGUAUCCUUAUGUUUCAUUAAAGUUCUCUAUAACAUA